UUAAUUUCAGACCUGAUGGAAGUGAAGGAGGAGAGUGAAGAACUGAGUGAAGUGGAGGAGAAACAUCAUGACAAACCUGGAGAAAAACCUUUGAGUCGCUCAUAUUGGUCAUUGAUAUUUUUAAAGAAAAAAGCCAAGAAAUCUUUCACCUGCACUCAGUGUGGAAAGAGUUUCACAACAAAGCAAAGUCUUGAUCGUCACACUAGGAUCCACACUGGAGAGAAGCCGUUCACAUGUGAUCAGUGCAGGAAGAGCUUCACAUUCAAAAAGAAUCUUGAUGUUCACAUGAGAGUUCACACCGGAGAGAAGCCAUAUGUAUGCAAUCAGUGUGGGAAGAGAUUCAGCCGAUCAGAAAACCUUGAAAGUCACAUGAGGAUCCACACCGGAGAGAAACCCUUCAUGUGUGAACAGUGUGAAAAGAGAUUCUCAAUCAAACAGUCUCUUAAGAUUCACAUGAGAGUUCAUACAGGAGAGAAGCCACAUGUAUGCCAUCAUUGUGGGAAGAGUUUCAGUCAAUCAUCAACCCUUAAGAUUCACAUGAGUAUCCACACCGGAGAGAAGCCAUUCACAUGUGAUCAGUGUGGAAAGAGCUUCACAAUCAAACAUAGUCUUGAUCUUCACAUGAGAGUUCAUACUGGAGAGAAGCCAUAUGCAUGCAGUCAAUGUGGGAAGAGCUUCGGCCGAUCAGAAAACCUUGUAAGUCACAUGAGAGUCCACACCGGAGAGAAGCCGUUCACAUGUGAUCAAUGCAGCAAAACAUUUUUUAGGGCAUCAAACCUGAAGGAACACCUGACAGUUCAUACGAAGGAGAAGCCACAUUCAUGUUCUGUGUGUGGAAAGAGUUUUUCACUGCGGCAACAUUUACAAGUACAUCAGAAAAUCCACACUGGUGUGAGAGAGUACAUGUGCUUCGAGUGUGAGAAGAUGUUUACUACAGCAAACAGUUUAAAACUGCAUGAGAGGAUUCACACUGGAGAAAAACUUUACAAGUGUUCACACUGUGACAAGAGAUUCAGUCAGCCAGCAAAUCUAAAAAUACAUGAGAGGAUCCACACUGGAGAGAAACCUUACAAGUGUUCACACUGUGACAAGAGAUUCAGUCGGUCAACACAUCUAAAAACACAUGAGAGGAUCCACACUGGAGAAAACCUUUACAAGUGUUCACAAUGUGACAAGAGAUUUUGUCAACCAGCAAAUCUGAAAACACAUGAGAGGAUUCACACUGGAGAAAAACCUUAUAAGUGUUUGUACUGCAAUAAGAGAUUCAGUCGAUCAACAUAUCUGAAAACACAUGAGAGGAUCCACACUGGAGAGAAGCCACACAUGUGUAAUCAGUGUGGAAAGAGUUUCACUAUUAAAAGUCACCUGAAGCGACACAUGAAGAUCCAUACAGUGGAGAAACCACAUCACCACAGUCUGAAAUCACUGUCAUCUUUAUGUGCUGAACAACAACCCCAUUUUACUUGCAGUGACUGGUGGGCAUAUCAAUAGGACAAAAUUCUCACAAUGUAUUCAGACACCCCUCGUUGUCUCAUUUAAAGAAAUCAAUUUUUAUGGUUAACUCGAUCAAAAACUUUGGAUGCAUCAAGAUAUUUUCUAAAACUUUAUAAAGAAUACUGGCAAGAGCUAUGGGCCUAUAAUUAUCUAAACUACCCACCAUUCCAGCUUUGUCCUUAAUAACUGGCACUAACAAAACAUUAAAUCUGGUAACAAACCAUGAAUCAUAAAACCAGUAAAACAGACAGCUAAAAGUGGGGCUAACCUCUUACUUCCAUAUUUAAGAUGUUCAGCAGAGAUAUGGUGUAAGGAACCCCCCAUCGGCCAAAUGAACGGAAUCCGACGGCCGGGGCGAAGGGUUAAGGUGUGUAUGUCUUUGCAGCGCCCCUGUGAAGUUCACUCAAUUUUUAGAAUUUGGUUUCAAUUUUACUUUAACUGCUCAUUUAAUCUGACUCCAAUGUCAAUGAUUAUUACUCUUACAUCGUGUUUCUAAUUAAGGAAUUAAUCAUUGGUUAUGUAUUAAUUUAGAUAUUUGAUUAUUCUGGGUAUCCCAUACUUCCAAUUAUUCAUUCAUCAGGGACCCAAUGCCGCUCAGAGAUACUCGCCCCGGGUUUGUGGUAAAGUCUGAUCUUCGUCAGAGUGUGUAAUAAGUUGGCUAAUACCUUUAGUCGGUUGCCUACUGCUCACUCGUACAAAAAAUGUAUUUAAUUUAGCCACUUCCAUACAUCUUGCUAAAACAGUGGUAGACAGAAAUCAAAAGGUCUUCAGAUGAAGUGCCUACUGCUCCUUCAUUCAUGCACCUUCAGUUUGUUCUACCCUGGACACAGAUUUACAGUAGCAUUAGCCUUCCAUAAUCUACUGGUCAUAAUAACGGAUGGAUGUGGAUGAAGGCAUUUUCAGCUCAUACGCGUUGAUCCCGCUCACUGCCAGUAUAAAGCUUGGACAUGUCCGAAAAAUUAUUAAUAAAUUUACGAUUGUGUUCAUCAGAAAGAUGAAAGUCAUAUACACCUAGGAUGGCUUGAGGGUGUCGUCAGACAAGAUGACUGCCACACCAGAGCCUCCAGCUAUCACAGACACUUUGCCAGAGCCUCCAGCCUUCACGGGUGCCUCACCAGAGUCUUCAACCAUUAUGGUUGUUGCACAUGAGGAUUUUAAGGCUUUCCCGAAAGCUCAAGAGGCUUGGCUAUAAGUCUGGAGGACACACUACUGAAGGCAAUGAGAGCAGCUGGCAUCUCAGCAGUAUUGUCAAGUCUGGGGGUCUCUGAGGAAGGCCCCAGCGUCCACUGUUCUCCCUGUUACAGCAGUGACCAUCUGUAGUGUUUGGGCAGUGCACUACUCUUCAGUUGAUGAGUCAGCUCCAGAGACCUCUCCAACCUAUGAGAUUGUUCCAGAGCCCACUUCAGCCCAUGAGUCCGCUCCAGAGC